UUCCACUGCCCUGAAAUGAAAGAAAUGCAUUCGCCUCCAAUUCUGAGUCACGAAAAAGCUCUCCUUUCUCCUUUUAAUCUCAAAUUAUGGCAAAUAUUUCUUACCUUCACACUCGCCUCCAACACGACCCUGCCGACGACGAUUCUCACCAUCGUCAUCACCACCACCGCCGGCCACGCCACCCUCGCAACCUAACUGUCGACCCUUAUUUCCCUCUCUUCUCUUCCUCUGAUUCUCACUCCCCGCACGCCACUCUCCAUGACCCCUACUCACUUUCUGAUCACACCAAUUUCAAUAUUCGGACCCUUGACGACGACGCCGUCUCGGAUCCCGAGUCAGUUAUCCUCGGAGGCCCGGAUAUCCUCGACCGUCAGAACCAGGUUAGUUUCGUUAUGGAUCUGUUUCAACAGCGAGUUGAGCAGUCUCAGGUAAUGGGUCGCAGUUCCCAUUUGGUUUCCGAUUCGCUCAACGAAUCGGACUUCGGUGUUAUAGAGGAGAAUUGUGAAUUAGGCAUGGAUAAUUUGGAGCUUGAGUUAGGGUUAGGGUUUGGUUUAGACGGUCACGAGAAUGGUGGAUUUCAAAAUAUAGGCCAUAAUCAUAGUCACAGUGAUAAUAAUAAUGAUUACAGCAGAAACAUCAUUAUCGAUGAUGAUGACGAUGAUUUCUUUGUGGAGAGAAGGCUUUCCGGAAUUCAAUCUUGUGAGGCUGAAUCUACCGUUAGCGUUCGUACAAGUGCCAUGAGGGUUGUUGGGUUUGGGUCGGAUUCUGAUUCAGAGGAUAAUGAUAACAUGUUAGCUAUAGAUUUGAAUUCAGGUGAUGAGUAUGGUUUAGAUCGUUUGAAUAUAGAAAAUGAUAAUUAUGAUAAUGUUGGCGACGAUGAUGAGGAAGAUGCAAGCGUUACUAUUCCUCUUUGUUGGGAUUCGCUUCAGUUGGAGGACCACAGAGAAAAUAAUGAGGAUUUUGAGUGGGAGGAAGUGGAUGGCCGCGUUGAUGAGAGAGAGGUUCUAAGCAUGUUUGUUGAUGAUGAUGAGGCCUCUGUUUCUCUCUCUAUUUCACCUAUUAUUGCCCCUGAGGAUAUGGUGAGCGUAGAGAGGGUAGGAGGAUUGGGAAGUUUAGAAUGGGAAGUUCUGCUGAAUGCAAACAACAUGGACUCAAAUUUGGACCGUGAACAGGACCACAAUGCUGAGCCUUAUUUUGGGGAUCAUGAUGAUUAUAUUUACACUGCAGAGUAUGAGAUGUUGUUUGGGCAAUUUGCAGAUAGUGAAAAUGCAUUGAUGGGUCGGCCUCCAGCUGCAAAAUUUGUUGUUGAGAAGCUUCCAUCCGUGGUUUUGACAAAAGAGGAUGUUAAUAAUAGUGCAUUUUGUGCUGUUUGUAAAGAUGAGCUUAAUGUUGGAGAGAGUGCAAAGCAAUUGCCUUGCACACAUCGAUACCAUGGGGAGUGCAUUGUGCCAUGGCUAGGAAUAAGGAAUACUUGCCCAGUAUGUCGAUAUGAGUUGCCUACAGAUGAUGCAGAUUAUGAGCGAAGGAAAGCAGCACAAAGAGCUGCUAGUGCCAGCCGUCGCCUUUGAUAGGUAUAACAUUUUGGUCCUGUAUGCUUUUAAACUUUUUUCUCUUCUCCCCCCCCUUCACCCUCUUUUUUAUUUUUAUUUUAAAGCAUUAGGUCUUUUAAGAAUGUAGAUAUUUCUGUUAGAGUGCAUUGGUUUCCCUUCGUGAGGCUACUGAUUCAUCACAAGUUACUAUGCUAUUUGGGUGAGAGUAUAAGAAUAUUGUUUUGGCAGCACUGUACGCUUGGGAAAUUGUUAUUUGAAUAAUGUUUAUGAUUUGUAUUGA